CUGUGACCUAUCCUCCCUCGUUGCAGCGAUGAACAGAUAAGAGAUUCGAGCGAGGGUGACUGUAGCAAAUACCGAUGGAUAGAACUGAGAAUACACAGAUCAUGUUAAUUUAGAAUUCCUCAUGUUUUGUAGUUUUUAACGUCAUAGGAAUUCAAAUCAAAUCUGUCCGUUCAAAGAGGGGAUUGUGCGAAACAGAAGGGUUUGUGUGACGUUAGAUGACUAGCUAACGUUAGACAACUGUAAUCAAAUCAGUUUUACUGAUUUUAUAACCGACGUCGCUGAUAUUACGAAGUGCGCAUAUCGUCAUCCAACCCCGUCUUCCUCAUUGACGCAGUCCGAAGAGUGUGCUGGUUCGGAGAAUGCUAAAGAAUGAGUCAAAGGGAUACCUUGGUUCAUUUGUUUGCCGGAGGGUGUGGGGGAACAGUGGGUGCUAUUCUGACUUGUCCACUGGAAGUGGUAAAGACCAGACUACAGUCCUCUCAUGUCACCUUCUACAUCUCUGAGGUGCAGCUCAGCACCGUCAACGGGGCCAGUGUGGCCCGCAUGGCCCCCCCGGGACCCCUCCACUGCCUCAAGUUGAUACUGGAGAAGGAGGGACCACGCUCGCUGUUCAGAGGCCUUGGGCCCAACCUGGUGGGUGUGGCUCCUUCCAGAGCCAUCUACUUUGCAUCCUACUCCACUGCCAAAGAGAAGCUGAGCGGCGUGUUUGAGCCCGACUCGACACAGGUCCAUAUGGUGUCUGCAGGCCUAGCAGGGUUCACUGCUAUCACGGCGACCAAUCCCAUCUGGUUGAUCAAGACCCGGUUGCAGCUGGAUGCCAGGAACUGCGGUGAGAGGCGCAUGAAUGCGUUUGAGUGCGUGCGGCGGGUCUACCAGACGGAGGGCUGGCGGGGCUUCUAUCGGGGUAUGUCUGCCUCGUAUGCCGGCAUCUCCGAGACGGUCAUCCAUUUUGUCAUCUAUGAGAGCAUCAAGCGCAAGCUGAUGGAGUCCAGGGCCCAGGCCAGCAUGGAUCAGGACGAGGACGAGUCGGUGAGGGAUGCUUCAGACUUUGUGGGCAUGAUGCUGGCCGCCGCCACCUCCAAGACCUGUGCCACCUCUAUCGCCUACCCCCACGAGGUGAUCCGCACCCGGCUACGAGAGGAGGGCAGCAGGUACCGCUCCUUCUUCCAGACAUUACUGACAGUACCUAAGGAGGAGGGCUACCGCGCCCUGUACCGUGGUCUCACCACCCAUCUGGUCCGCCAGAUCCCCAACACCGCCAUCAUGAUGUCCACCUAUGAGAUGGUGGUCUACCUGCUACAACGCUAGCCCCUCCCCUUCCUGUCUGGAGAGAAAGUAGGAAGUGACUGGCUUGGUUGGGCAUUUCUAAGAUGGACACCAAAGGAAAACUGAUAUGGACCAGAACCGAGAAGAAGAACAGGAGCCCCCUUCUCCCCAACCAACAACCCCACCCCCUAAGCCUACAGGCUGACCCUCAAGGGGGCUCUAUGGUCUGGGGACAGAGAAAGGAUGGGGUGGGAGGAGGAAAGAGGGACAGGGAGAAACAGUUGGGUCAGUCUUUUAUAGAGCCUGUCAAACAGGAGAUGUCUCUGAAGGAAAGACGGAUAUCAUGUUGUGGCCUUUAAAGAGUUUUAUGUUUGUUGCUGUGUCUUUGUAGAAUGAAACCAAUCUGCUUUAGCCUGUAUCGGAAAUGACAAUCUGAAAGGGAAUGCUUGAAAACAAUCGAUCAAAAACUGGUGUCAUAAUAACGCUAUGAACAUUACAUAAAAUUCUCCAGUAGAUGCAUUUGAUUAAAUUGGCGCUUUUUCACUAGGAUUUAGCAUGUAAGCUAAUAUUUGAAACAAGCUUUGCAGGCUGUUUCAGUAACUUCAACCCAACUUUGGUGGGUGUCUUUUUUUUUAUUAUUUUUUUUUUUUUCCCAGAUUAAUUUCUCAAGCAAGAAUUUUGCUAGGACUGUUUGUGUGGACGGGAAAACUAGCUGCUAUUGGAAGAGCGGUUUGGAACUCUUUCUUAUUGGUCUAUUAACUGAUUUCAAAGCUCCAUCCCACCAAAACAGGCUGAAAUUUCAAGUCUCUUCAAACAGCUCUUACACUAAAAGGGCAUUAUCAUUUUUACAACUUCACAAUAUUAUUCCAACCUCCAUAGUGUGUAAAUGUGUAUAAAACAAAGUAAAAUCAUGUUUUUGACUGCACUGGGCCUUUAAAACCAUGUAACAAUAAAGCAAACGCCAACAUAGUGUCUUAAGGCGUUGGGCCACUACAAGCAACCAAAACCGCUUCAAUGCGCUUUGGCAUAGAUUCAACAAGUGUCUGGAACUCUAUUGGUGGGAUGCGACACCCUUCGUUCAUGAGAAAUUCCAUAAUUUGGUGUUUUGUUGAUAGUGGUGGAAAAUGUGGUCUCGGCGUUGCUCCAGAAUCUCCAGUAAGUCUUCAAUCAGGUUGCGAUCUGGUGACUAACCCCUCUAUUUUCCUAUGAAACCCCUCUUUUAAAGUCCCUGAGAAAAAACUGGGCAUUUUUAUACAUGACCCUAAGCAUGAUGGGAUGGUAAUUGCUUAAUUAACUCAAGAACCACACCUGUGUGGAAGCACCUGCUUUCAAUAUACUUUGUAUCCCUCAUUUACGCAAGUUUAUUCUUUCUUUUGGCAGUUACCUGUAUAUCAAAAGAGAAUAGCAAGCAAACUAUACAUGCACUACAAUGAGUUUGGCUUCAAGCAUUCCCCUGAAGGUCAGAGUUUCCCAUUAUAGUCUGAAGCAAUGCAUAUGGUGCACUGCUGCACAAGACUAGUGAUCGCCAGUCACAACACAUGCCUCACACUUAACCAGUGGUUUAUUUGUUUUGAAAGCUGACUAUCAUUUCAGUGUUUUUGUAUAAUGGUAUUGUUUCUCUGAUACUAGUCAUUGUGAAGGACCUAGUUGUCUCAUGAAUGACCCAGACUUCACUGCCCUAGAAGGGUACCAACAUUUAGCAGGUUAGAGAUCUAUCUACCGGUGUGAUGCCUCAACUUGAUGAUCAUUUGUUAAGUGUUGAAGCCAGGUUGUGUCAAUGUUUUUUUCAUCACUACUCCCAACCUGUGUGUUCACAAGACUCGGACUGUGACCAUAAGUGUGUGUCGAUGUGCAUUUGACUCCGUUUGUGUAUUUUUGUGUGUAUUUACUUUACCUUUAUUGAGCUAGGCAAGUCAGUUAAGAACAAAUUCUUAUUUUCAAUGACAGACUAGGAACAGUGGGUUAACUACCUGUUCAGGGGCAGAACGACAGAUUUCUACCUUGUCAGCUCAGGGAUUUGAACUUGCAACCUUUCGGUUACUAGUCCAACGCCACUAGGCUACCCUGCCGCCCCAAGGUGAGGUGAGAGCCAACAUCCCUGAUAUCUGGUAGAGUUCCCUCCACUAAAAGUGAAGCAUGUAUACUGAACAAAAAUAUAAAUGCAACAUGCAACAAUUUCUAAGAUUUCUGUGCAUUCAAAUGUCCAUUGAUCAAAUGCAAUUGUGUUCGUUGACAUCAGCAAACCGCUCGCCCACACGGCGCCAUACACGUGGUCUGCGGUUGUGAGGAUGGUUGGACAUACUGCUAAAUUCUCUAAAAUGACGGAGGUGGCUUAUGGUAGAGAAAUUGGCAUUAAAUUAUCUGGCAACAUGUGGACAUUCCUGCAGUCAACAUGCCAAUUGCACACUCCUGCAAAAUCUGAGACAUCUGUGGCAUUGUGUUUGAUAAAACUGCACAUUUUACAGUGGCCUUUUAUUGUCCCCAGCAAAAGGUGCACCUGUGUAAUGAUCAUGCUGUUUAAUCAGCUUCUUGAUAUGCCAACCCUGUCAGGUGGAUAGAUUCUCUUGUCUAAGGAGAAAUGUUCAAUAACAGGGAUGUAAACACAUUUGUGCACAACAUUUUAGAGAAAUUAGCUUUUUGUGUAUGGAACAUUUCUGGGAUCUUUUAUUUCAGCUAAUGAAACAUGGGACCAACACUUUACAUGUUAUAUUUUUGCUCAGUGUAGAUCACUAAGGUUAGGAGCAAGGCCGAGCUACUGUACAUUAGUGGUCCAUCCCAGCUCCUACACCCGAGCCCUGCCUUACCAGUGGCUUCCAACUCAACAUUUAUGACCUUUUGGGUCUUGUACUUAACAUUCUUGUGUGUGUGGGACAUUUUAAUAUUGUAUUAUAAGAAUAGUGUUACUGUAUAUGCAAAAACUGUAUUUUGCUCAACAGUUCCCAUUGCAGAUAUUGUACAGUUGAGUACUUAAUCUUGCAAAGGAUUUUCAUUUGUGUGUGUUUAUAUAGUACAUGUAUAUGCAUAUCAACUAUUGUGUAUAUUUUGCUUAGAUCCAUGUAUUAUUAUACUGCAGUUCAGUUGCAAAGGAUUUGUUUGACUGUUUGUGUACUACUGUCAAGAUGUUUGAACCUGUCGCAACAUGGUGGGUUGACAUUGUUUAUUUUGUUAAAGUUGUAUAUUAUAAUAUUGUAUUUAACUUUAAAUCAUGUAAGGCUUGAUGCUGAAAGAUGGUCUUUAAUUUUAUGGCAUUCAUAAAAUAAUUGGAUUUGGUGUAAAUUACCAAUUUCUUUUUUACCCUGUUUGCUAUCCAUACUAUCCUCCAUAUCUAGGAUGUAGUCGCAGUCUACACACUUAUCAGCUCUUAACAUUAUAGUCAUUUAGUAAACACUUAUCCAGAGCGAUUUACAGGAGCAAUGCGGGUUAAGUGCCUUUGUUCCAAAUUCUCAAUCUGGCAUUUCAAUAAAUACAUAAGUAAAAAAACAGAUGGAGCUCAGUCUUACUGAAUAUUUAUAUUAUUGUAGUGUCAAUAUGACAAGAUUGUUUUGGCAUUCAAGCUGCCCUGAAGUAGUUUUAAACUGAUUCUGGAUUCCUGAUUUAAAUACUAUUCGGCAGUGCAGAGGCUACAUGGGAUUAUGAUGCGUGUCAUUUAGAUGGAUGUAAAUAUCCUUCUGUACAUGGAAGCUUGGAAGCACAGUGUCUUUAUCGACAAUAAUUGCUCAUUUUCUCAUGCCAAUUUCAAGUAUUUUCCUUUCCACUGAAAUACUGUAUUAAAACCGCAAUGUGAAUGAACAUACUGGAGUUCUUUUCCCACAGACUACAGCGUAGCUGUUAUCGUUACUGUCAGUGCCCUGAUAGUCAUACUGACUUGAAUAACUAGUGUACAAAGGAAUAUCAUUUCAUUUUCACAAACAAACCAACCAACAACUGUUCCAUGAACAAUCAACUGACGUAUUUUGUUGUAGAGCAUAGACUUGCAUAUAAAUGACUGCCUUGUUUUGUUUCCAAUACAACAGAGUAUUGAAUUGAAAGCAGAACACACUAUACAGGUCAUCAGAUCUGCAGUCUCAUGAGCAGUCUUUCCCCACAGAGUCUUGGGUGAUGGUGUAUACAAACACAACUGAGAUCUCGGGGGGGAUUUAAUCAUGACGUCGGUGAUCUUCACGUCGGAAAAUUGGAGCUCUAGAAAGAUGCCCAAGUUUCCGAGUUGGAUGACUGUUCCAAGCGAUUUGUCAAAUCUGUUUUUGCCUGAAACAUAUUUUUUUCAGAUGCUUGAUGACUCAAUAUUUAAAGGAAAAAUAUGAUAACUUUAGGUCAAAUCUUUCAAAAUGUGUAAAUAGAAAAAUGGAUUACUAGUGAACUCAUUUAUUUCAAAUGUUUUGUUUUAACUUCCAUCAGCCAGUAUCUGAAAUGCCAUUCGAUUUCACCCCCUAUGUUGUUGUUGUUGGUUAAUGUGGUCUUUUCUUUGCCACCUAUGUAUCAUCAUCCCUCCUUUUUGUACAAAAGUCAAUAAAAACCAAAUUGUAACUCAAA